CAUUGCAUGAAUCAGAAAGUAGCAUUAUGCAAAUGUUUAUUAACAAAUGAUAGUUGAUCGUAUCUUAUAUUUGCCUUUAAAAUACUUUCGUGUCAGUAAAACCAAGAAUAAUGUGCUGGAAUGAUUUAUAGAAAUAGAGCUGUAUAGCAGGUAUAAAUACCUUGCUCGGUUAUGCCUGUUCAUUUCUGUUGAUAUUAUUUAGGGCUCACAGGUACAGCUGAGGGAGGACUCUGGCCAAUCAUUCCUAGUUACACAGUUAUAUUGGCUAAGAUCAGAAAUUCGUGUACACAUGAUGGAAAAGAACAGAAUAAAAUAUUAAAGCUUUGAGGGUAUUGUUCAAAUUUUUGUCCAUUUCCUAAUUUUAACAGAACGCCUGUGUAAUAUUUGUGGGAUAUUACUUUACUUGUGUGAGAAGUAUGGCGAAAUGGCAAGUCAAACUAAUAAAAAGGAAUUAGCAGAAAAAGAAUAAAUUCCCAGAGCAAAGCUUACAAAGCAAAUACAAAACCAUUGACCAGUGUUUGGAAAAGUCUGUGUACUUAAUUUAAAGGCUUAUUUCUAAUAAAAGUGUAUGAUGGAGGUUACACUAAUGGCAAAUAUUUAAACUUCUAGUCAGUGGGAAAAAAAAUACAGCUUUGACAAAGUCAUUUUACAACAUGAUUAUGCUGCUUUGGAGCUAUAAAGUUAUAUAUAUUUAUUUCUCCCUUUGGAUCUCUUUAGUUUUUUGCUUGAUGUCCUAAGGAAAUGCUGCUUAUAGAUUAGUGUUGCCAGCACAUUUGUCUGUCAGCUUUCCCCUAAUAACUUUUGCAUUUGAACUAAUUUAGCAGAAUAAUGGAGGUACUAAAGAUAAGUUGCCUGAUACUGUGAAAUUCAGAAUGUGGGUGCAAAAAAAAAUCUGUGUUGUGUGCCACUAUGAAAAGGUUGUACCAGCUGCAUGCAUUCAGCUGUUCUGCUUUUUGCCUCUUUCAAAGCAGACAGGGAACAUGGAGAUGUCACUACGAACUGGAAAUGGGAAUUGUGGGGAGGAGCAAGCAUGGACUGGGAGUUCUGCCCUAGGGAGCCAGGGAGUCACGAAGGACAGCCAAGGUCCCUCCCUCUGACUGGAGGGAAUGUGCAGGAGGGACAAGCUUUCUGGGGUGCAGCUGGAGGAUUAGAAAAAGAUGACCUAAAGACUCAGAUUGACAAAUUGUGGCGAGAAGUAAAUGCUCUCAAAGAAAUGCAAGCACUUCAAACAGUCUGUCUUCGUGGGACAAAGGCCCAUAAGAAGUGCUACCUCAUAUCAGAAGGCACCAAGCAUUUUCAUGAAGCCAAUGAAGACUGCAUAGCCAAGGGAGGGACUCUGGCUAUCCCAAGGAAUAGCGAUGAAACAAAUACUCUUCGAGACUAUGGCAAGAAAAGCAUGCCUAGAGUGUCUGAGUUUUGGCUGGGUGUCAAUGACAUGGUAAACGAAGGGAAGUUUGUUGAUGUCAAUGGCAUGGCUCUACAGUACUUCAACUGGGAUCGUGCCCAACCAAAUGGGGGGAAGCGUGAAAAUUGUGUCUUUUUUUCAUCACAAGGCAAGUGGGUGGAUGAAGUCUGCCGUACUGCCAAAAGAUAUAUCUGUGAAUUUUUGAUCCCAUAAUUUCAUACACAAAUGACCAUGACCAUGUUUUGGGUUAUUAACAAGCAGUUUUGCUUGUUAGUAGCCCCUCCCACUUAGACAGUGGUGAAUUAAAAGUAUCUGUCUCCUGCCUUGUAGUCACUCUUUCCUGAAACAGAGUUUUCCUUUAUUAAUUUAUUUUCUAUUCAGAUGCUUAAAAUGUUAUAUUUAGUGAGUGCUCUCAUCAUGUACAGGAAUAUAUAUUAUGUUUUGAUCUAUACUGCAUCAUCUUUUGCCAUGUUAUUUCAGCCUGAUGUUCGGGUUGCUGGAACUCAGCUGUUUCUGAAUUCUGUAUCUCCAUGUAGGAAGGUAUUUGCUUUGUCUCAGAUCUCUAAUGAACUUAUUGGAAAUUUACAGAAGCUUGCCUCAUGGGGCCAUGUGCUAAUAGAAGAUGUAGGGGUCAUCUUAGCCCCAGAGUGUAAGGAGGACUCUGGUGUAAUGUAAGCUUCUGUGAAAAAUGGCCAUCAUCCCUAUGGAGUUUAACAGGAAAAAUCUGUGACCAAGUUUUACCUUGGGCUAAAAAGCUAAAUGUAAUGAAAAUCUGAUGUUAGUUUUUAAACUACAUGGAGUAAAAAGUGAUACACUGCUAGAAAAUGGGGAAAUAGCUGUUCUAAACAUCAGUUACUCUAAAUAUGUUUGCUUUUAAAUGUCUCAAUUAUGGCUAAAUAUUAAAUGUUAUUUAGAAGAUUCCCAUAGAAGAAAGCAAUCUGGGACUAGAUCAUACCUCUAGGAUGGUUAGAUGUGCAAAAUGUUAAAUGUUAGAUGUCCUUAGUUAGAUGUGCAAAAGCCUCUCCUGCAGGAUCAGAAGGAGGCUUUAUAAUUCAGACAGUAACACUGUGUGAAUGCAUGAACAGAGGGGAGAGUACCCCUCUCUCCACAUUGCAGGUAGCAUGCCUGACUGGCACAAAGGAAUGGGGCCAAACCAUCACUCAUUUGGCCACACGUAAAUUCUUCAGUUUAACAGCCAAUGUUUGAAAAUGAAGUAAAAUGUGCUGGUUGUUCUUUUGCUGUCUUAACAUCACAAUAUAGAUUUGCCUUCAUGUUACAAACUGCAGUUUCUCUGUUGUGUAAGGGAAUUUCAGUUAAUGAUUUAAAUAUAUUGUUGCUUGAAGGCUAUUUUCUACUUUUUCUCUUUUAAUUGUGCAGAUUUUCUUAAUUUGUGCAAUAAAUGUGCAAUUACUGGUAUUUAAA